CCACGACUCCCCACAGUAGCGCGAACGUUUUCCCACUCCUACUCCCACCCACUGGAAGUGUGGUGGUUCAUCUCUUUUGUUAGACCGAAUAUUUUGUAAUUGGUUAUUGUCAAGGAAACCUUUCCGAUAUUACGAACCUCAUCUCCCAGUACAUGAGAUUGAUGUAGUCUAUCUUGCGAAGAUACGGCCCGGAAAUGCUCUUUGUUUAUGCUGGUUUCUGUCGUGGUAGAAAAUCUUUGUGAUUUCGUGUCAGAAUAUAACAUCUAAAAAGGCAAGAAGCUAGUGUGAGAGCCUCAGAUCAACAUAGAUGCUAUUCAGCCUGGAGGUGUGUUGGUCACGUGACCUUUAUCUUGAUCGAUGUCUGGAAUUUUGAAAAUAUAUAGGAAGCUCAGUAGCCCUAAUUAUAUAAUCUAUGGAGUGAAGUUGAGAUCUUCUCGCUUUAGAUAUCAAAUUUGUGAGAAUUAGUGCACUAUUUUGUGCAAUUACAUCGGGUCGAAUCGCGUGACGUGGUACCCAACUCAGCCUUGUCACAUUCUUCGUUCUCGUAUGCCUGACGUGGUGCCUAACUCAGCCUUGUCACAUUUUUCGUUCUCAUAUGCCUGCUUAGUCCUUUACCACCACUUCUAAAUAUUCACUUCAGUUCUACUCCUAUUCCAUUGCUGUAUCUUGACUUUCUAUCACCAGACAUCCCUUUGGGGCUAAAGACCCUUCUUCUGCCGCGUUGCCUACCUUCUCUGCGGCAUGGAUCCGCUGAGUAUCACAGCCGGCGUCAUUGCCAUCCUCGAUCUCUCGGCCAAAGUCCUCGCAUAUCUGAAUGACGUCAAGGAUGCCCCAAAAGCAUGCGAGGAUUGCAACAUCGAGGUUGGCAAUCUUCAUGGCCUCCUCGUGAGCUUACGCUAUCGGCUCCGAGAGGCAGAACGAAACCGGCAGACUCAUCAGCCAUGGUUCGAGAACGCCCAGAAUUUAGGGAAGAAAGAUGGACCACUAGACCAGUACUUCAAAGCACUUGAACUGAUAAAGUCUAAAAUGGAAGCCAAAAAUCAAAUCAAGAAUGCAUUGGUAUGGACGUUCAAGAAGAAAGAAGUCGAGGGCAUCACGGUUCGGAUCGAACGUCUGAAGACUUUGAUAGAAAUUGCGAUACAAAUGGAUCACUUCAAACUCUCCGAAGCAAUAAGGGAGGAUACAGAGGCCAUUCAGAACGACGUGACAACUGUGAAGGCUGAUACCAGCACUAUUCGGUCAGAAGUGACAGCCAUCAAAGACAACACAAACCAUUUAGAAGCAAAAAUGACGACCGUUGAUUCUAGCGUCAGUUACUUAGAGCAUGCACAGCUUACCGCAGACGAGGACAUCCUACUCAAAUGGAUAUCGCCGAGUGACUAUCCUGCUCAGCAAUCGGAUAUCAUUCGGAAGAGGCAGGAUGGAACCGGCCAAUGGGUUUUGGAUGCACCAGAAUUUCAACAGUGGCGCAAUGAAAGCAAGAGCACUCUUUUCUGUCCGGGAAUCCCAGGGGCUGGCAAGACCAUGGCAGCAGCUAUUGCAAUUAAUCAGCUUCUAGAACUGAAGAAAAACAGUUUAUCGGGGGUUGCAUAUGUUUAUUGCAACUACCAAUCACAAACAGAUCAGAAUACUACCAGUAUCCUAGCUGCAUUCCUUAAGCAGUUGGCGUUUGACCGACCAACAGCCCUGACGUAUAUACAAUCGCUGCGACAGAAACACCGUGGGGGAACUCGGCCAUCAUCGGGAGAGAUUUAUCAUGUUCUUGAAGAAGUCCUCAGGCAAUAUCCGCACGUGUACAUCAUUGUUGAUGCUUUAGACGAAUGUCAAGGCGAAACUCGCCGUCAGUUGCUGCAAAAGCUCUUCCAACUUCAAAAAUCGGCAUAUAUCCGAUUCAUGGCUACCUCUCGACAUAUACCAGAUAUUCAAGCUGCCUUCCGGGAAUCAAUCAAACUGGAGAUACUGACUAGCAGAGAGGAUGUUAAACGCUUCGUCACUGGUCAGAUAUAUAGGCUACCAGCCUGUAUUCAGCGCGAUGCUGAACUACAAAAAAACGUACAGGAAGGAAUUGUAGAAGCUGUGGAUGGCAUGUUUCUCCUCGCUCGCUUACACACAGACUCAUUACUGGACAAAAGGACCGUGAAGCAAGUGAGAUCAGCACUCUCUAGUCUCACCAAAGGUGCAGCCGCGCUCGAUAUCGCGUAUGGCGAUGCUUUAAAAAGGAUUGAAAGCCAGCUCAGCGAUGAUCAAAAACUAGCGAAGUGUGUUCUAACAUGGAUCACAUAUGCGAAGCGGCCGCUCACCACUGCGGAGAUAUGCUGUGCCUUGGCAAUCGAGCCUGGUGAAAAGGAAUUUGACCCCGAUAACAAACCCUUGAUAGACGACAUAAUAUCUGUCUGCGCAGGUCUUGUAGUGGUAGAUCAAGAGAGCGACAUCGUACGCCUCGUGCAUUACACUACGUACGAAUACUUUGAACGUAUCGGUUCCGAACUAAGCUCGAAGAACCAGACCGAGUUGCUUAUCGUUGAAGCAUGUCUCUCAUACCUAUCAAUGGAUGUCUUUGAAAGCGGUGGCUGUGCCACUAUCAUAGAGUUCAGUGACAGACUCCAGCAGAAUGAGUUCUUAUACUACGCGGCUACCUAUUGCGGUGAUCACGUGAGGGAAAUCGAGGAUGUCGUGGCGGAUCUCGCAUAUGCGUUUGUUACUCGACACCCUCUUCUGGCGUGUGCCGAACAGGCCAGACGUAUGUUAUUGCGUGCUAGUAAUGUGUCGGCGCUGCACUGGGCGGCAGAGUAUGGACUACGCAAGGUGGCUGAACAACUACUGCGCACUACCGAAGACGCAAUAGCAAUAGUCAAUAUGUUAGACUGGCGGGACUAUAGCCCGUUGACAUAUGCAUCAGAAAGCGGUGACCGCGAAAUGGUCAUAUUACUUCUCGAAAACGGAGCUCAGGUGAACUUUUAUACUGAAUAUUGCGAUAGCCCACUCGUAAAAGCCUCCAGUAAAGGCGACGAGCGGAUGGUGACACUAUUGCUCGAGAGAGGCGCUGAUAUUCACGUGCAAGAGGAUCUUGCGCUCCACUCAGCUAUAUCUAAGGGCCACGAAAAAUUAGUCGAGUUGCUACUUGAUAAGGGUGCGGAUAUCCACGCUGUGCAAGUUUACGGACUAGAGAAUCGCAGCCCACUCCAAAUGGCAUCUUUCAAAGGACAUGAAAACAUAGUACGAAUUCUACUUGAUCGUGGUAUCGACUAUAACCCUGCGCAAAUCUGCAACGCGCUACCUCCGGCUUCCGCCAGGGGCUCCACAUAUAUUGUGCAGUUGCUGCUGGAUAGAUGCACAGAAUUUCAAGCCCCUCAAGAUCAACCGGACGAAGUGAUGAUAAGAGUACAAAAUUUGGCAUUUCCUCAAAAUCCCGCGAACUUGAUGUAUUGGGGACUGAACAUGGGCACCGGAUUAUCUGAUAAGACUGUGCAUAGCUUGGAAACCGCACUGUAUGUGGCUUCAUGCGCACGUCACUGGGAUAUUGUGGAGCUAUUACUGCGCAGUAACGUUUACGAAGAUAAGAUACUCAGAAGAACGCUCCAUAAAGCAUUAGCUGAUAGCUACGAGCGGGUAUUCCAGUUGUUUCUUGACAUCGAUGUCAACAUCAACGUACGGAUUAAGAGAUUGAAGAUUACCCUCUUGGAAGCUGUAAGUGGGGACCACGAGGAACUUCUGAAUUCGUUGCUUGACAAAGGCAGGAGCAUGAUUGCGCAGGCCGAUAAACAAUUAAUCCGUGAAGCGCUUGGUAUAGCUUCAUGCCGAGGACACGAACAGAUUGUGAAGGUGCUUCUCGAGGAAUUUUUGGGCGUAAUAACACAUGAAAGUGGAAGCAUACUUUGUCACGCUCUCGAAUGUGCUUCACAAAACGGGCACGUGGAAAUAGCUGCGUUGUUGCUUGAAAAAGGGGCCGCCAUUGUUUCACAUGUUGAAGCAUAUCCUCAAUCCGAAGCAAUUAAGCUGGCUUCAUUUUAUGGCCAUAAGGAAAUUGUCGAACUAAUCCUCGACUGGUGUCCGGGUAUCGAUGCAACUUCACUCAACCUCGCGCUUUGGAAUGCUUCGGUCAUGGGCUGGGGGGGUAUAGCGGCGCUUCUUCGAGAAAAUGGCGCUAAGGAACUUACAUCUGAAGAAGUAGAAUGCUAUGAGAAUGCAUGA